ACAUCAAAUACACAUCAUUAAUUAUUCAGUAUAGAACUCUGACUAUUACCCGGCUUAAGUAAAUUCCGUGCUCUUUCGCAUUUUAUUCAAAAAUGCAUAAACUUUCGACUUUGUUUGGUCGUGGGAUGCCGACUACCAUGCUACGCUCUUAUGCAAACGCCCUACCCCGACCCCACAAGGAAGAGAGGCCGCUGGCCAAUUCGUUGCUGGAGAAACUCGAUAAGAUUGGCAGCCAGCUGGUCCAGGAUAUCGUAGACGGUGCACACCAGCAGGCUGACGGCAUGACGACUGCCACAAUUUUGGGCCGAACUCUUGUGAACGAGAGCAACAAAUAUAUAUCAAAGGGCGCUGAUCCCAAAGAAAUUCGUGUCGGCAUUAUGGCAGCCGUUGAGAUGGUCAUCAAGCAAUUGAAUGCCAUGGCACGCCCCGUCUAUAUACCGGAACAGCUGCUGCGUGUGGCCAUCACAUCGGCACACGGUGAUCGGGCCAUCGGUGGUCUGAUCUACCAGGCCAUCAGCAAGGCUGGACUUGAGGGAGAGAUCCACGUACAGAACACAAACAACACCUUCGACGUCGAGCUGCGUUUCUGUGAGGCAAUUAAGUACACGGAACUGGCGUACCCGCAGGUGAUUACUGCAAAGGACAUUGUGGAUGAGGCGCCGGGCCAUUUGGUGUUGCAGCGCAUGAAUGCAGCGAAUGCAGAUAUUGCCAUGGCCUCUGGCAGCAAUGAGCCGCAGCCUGAACCAUCAGCCAUGAGCAUCUGCAAUCUCGGCAAGGUGGAAUGGGUGAGCAUCCCGGCAGAGAACAGUCUGCUGCUGCUGGGCUAUGGCGAUGAAAACGAGAUUCGUGGCACAUCCUGCCCAACCCAGCAGAAGAUUCUUCAGGAAUCUCGCAUGACUCUGCGCGACACUAGGGUCGCAGUCUUCUUGGUGGGCGGUUCAAGCGAGGGCGACAAAAUUAGGAAGAAAGAACUCAUUACUGACGCCGUCCGGACCACGCGCGUUGCCAUCGAAGGUGGCCUCGUGCCCGGUGGCGGCACUGCCCUGAUCCGCUGCAUGGAACAUUUGGAUAGUCGCUUGACAGUCGAAAACAGAGAUCAGCGACUCGGUGUGGAUAUCGUACGCCGAGCGCUGCCCAUGCCAUGCUGGACUAUUGCAGAGAAUGCGGGCUUCGAUGGCGACAAGGUUGUAUAUGUUGUGGAGACGACCACGCGCAUGCACGAGGAUUUUGGCUACGAUGUGGUGUCGGGAAAGUACUGCAGCAUGUCCAUGCAGGGCAUCAUGGAUCCCACCCAGGUGGUGUGUACUGCCAUCACGAAUGCCGCCGGCAUGGCCGCGCUCCUGAUCACCGACCACGAGUAUGCCUCGGACUCUGACUAACUGUUAGUGCUGUUUGUGCAACAGAAAUUAUAUUUCCUAUAAUUUGAGUAAAUGUUUGAGUUUC